AUGACGACGUUUCUGGGCUACGUCAGGUCGAAUUGGGUGAAUGAUUCCGCCAUAGUCAACGGGUUACGCGCCAACCCGGACUUCCGACUCCAUCUCCGACUACACCAGGCCCAGUUGAGAGAGGUGACAUUGCAGGAGGAAAAUGUUGCGUAUGAAAAGGCUAUAUCAAAUUGUGAAAGUAAAAUACAAGAGAAGAUUGAGGAAGUGGAGUUACUUAGGAGGAAGUUAGAGGAAUUGGAGGACACUGAAAAGAAUUUGAGAGAUGAGCUGGAAAAUGCACAAACAGCAUUGGAUACCGGUCGAUCUCGCGGAUCAGAUGAAGCUGUUGGCAACUCCAAAACAUCAGUUGAAACUGGAGAUGACAUGGAAUCAUCAAAGAAAGCUAUACUAGACAAGUUAGAGGAGAGGAAAAGAGAAUUGGUUCGUUGCUCUUUCUUUUGAUCUUAAAAUUUUCUCACAUCUUGUUCUUUUUUCAGAGUGCGUGUGCACCUGUGUUAUCUUAUUUUGGUGGCUGAGAA